CCUCCGCCCGUCCUCGGUGCCCCUCCCACUCGUGUCGCGCUGAGGAGCAACAAUGGCCAGAGAAACAGCUUGCCGCAACUGUGCACAGAAGAAAGUCGGGUGUAAAGCCGUCGCGGGCAGCAACAUCUGCGAGCGGUGUGCCCGCAAGGGCAUCGCGUGCGAGCGCCCCGUCCCGCCCGCCGUCCCCACAAGCAACCUAUCGCGCAAGACUGCUUGCGAGAGCUGCCGCAAGAACCGCACCAAGUGCGAGCGCGACGUCAACGCGGUGCCCGCUACCUGUGUCCACUGCGCCGCCGCGGGUCUGCCUUGCAGCUUUGCCAUGCCCCGCGCGUCGACGAGCGCGUCAGGCACGCAGCCGAACCUAGUUGUCGACACCGCGUCCGCGUCCGCGACGCCCGACUCGGCGCCCAGCAGCACGCGCAGCCCGAGCCGGCCUUUCUGGGAGACGGUGCUCGCGCCGUCGCCUGGCGUUGACGGUUGAACCUGCGCCGUUGUGAGGCGCCAGCGCUUUCUUGUAUCUUUCUUUGCUCUCACCACUGUCUAUUACUUACGAUACACACCACCCCCACUCUGUGACUGGUUCGCUAGGCCUCGUUCGAUACUCCUACCCCUAUAGCCUAUUCCGGAAGACAUCCUAGUUACAUCGCCCAUUUGUAGCACCCACUGGCGACCCUUUGCUCGUACCUAGUAUCAUAUACCACACUUUCUUU